AUGCUCCACGAAAUCCUCCUCGCCCUCUCCGGGCACCCCUCCCCUCUCCUCCGGACCGACAACCCCGACCCCAAUGCGCUACCAACGGCCGUCUCACCCCCGGAGCGCGAACUCCUAGCGACCGCUGCCCACCUCAGCGACCUCCACGUCAAGCUGCAGGGCUACACGGGCCCCAUUGCCGCCGAGCAUCCGUCCACCAUCUGCCGCGCCGUUGCGACCGCCGUACAGUCCGUCCAUCUUGCUGCCUUCCAACGCAAGGUCCUUGAGGUCGAGGAGACGAUCUUGCGCAAGGACUCAAGCCUCGUUGGCGCGUACAACAUCGUGCCUCUGACGGCCGUUGUCGGGGAGUUCUCCGAGUGGACGCGGCGGAUGGAGUGGCUGUGGGAGAUUGUGCAGUUCAUGCUGAAGAAGCAACAGGGGCAGACGUGUCGCGGCGCGCAGCUCAUCGACAGAUUGAGGAGCGAGCUGCAAAGCGGGUACGUGGAUAUCGAGCGGACGGCCAUGAGCCUCGUCUCUGUGGCAGAAACGGCGUGGUUGAAGCAGGUGUCUGCUUGGAUUCUCUACGGGCGUCUGCCAACGUUUGGAGGUGAGGACUUCUUCGUUCAGAAGGCAGACGGUGGCGAUCAGGAGUACGCUUUGAUACCGUCUCUGCUGCCAAAAUUCGUGACUCCGGCAAUCGCAUCGUCGAUGCUCUUCAUCGGCAGGUCACUGAACCACGUCCGCGUCAAAGGCAGUGUUGAAUCAGGCCUUCAAGGCCUCGACCACCUCUCCUCCCAGCUCAAAGAGCUGUCCGCCUUGACAUAUCCCCUAAACACGGCCAGCUUCUCGCGCGCAAUCACAUCCAUCCGUCUCACCCUUUCACGAACGAUAUUGCUAAAACUGCUGCCCCUCACGAAAGUCGUCGAGGCUCUUCAGGUUCUGAGGGAGUUUUUCCUCCUAGGCCGAGGCGAAUUCGCCAUGGCCUUGACACAGCAAGCAGAUGAAAAGCUGCGCAGUCGGUGGAAACGGUCCGACAACCUUGCGUAUGAGAAGCGCGAAGGUUUGGGAACAUUCGCGGUCAAGGAGGGUGAGGUUGCGGCUGUGCUGGCCAAGACGUGGGCGGCGAUGGGCCUGAUGCAGGGCCAACACGCAGACGAAGAUGAAGGGUUGGAGAUUGCGCGCGAACUGCUGCGGUUAAGCCUCACCAAGUCUAAACCGGCGGUGCCCCUGAAGCUUGAAGCUAGCGUAUCACGGCCGACGACGAAGACCCUGGCUACGACCCCAUUUCGCAAUCUCCUGCUUUCCGUCCCGGUCGUUUUGACCAUGCAGAUUCCGUCGCCCCUAGACAUGUUCCUCACACCCUCCGAUCUCCAGAUCUACUCCACCAUAAACUCAUAUCUUCUCUCCAUCCGUCGAGCACACAUACGUCUCACUGAGCUGUGGAAGAUCACGUCUCUACGUCGGCAUCACCCGGCACCGCCAGGACCUCCCGCUGGAAGCACUCGAGUCGGACGCUCCAAGGUGGUCCUACUUCGCGAACGCUCCACGGCGCGGUCCAAUGCCUUGCGCAGUGCCUGGGUAACCUGUAGCGCAUCGCUGUUUUUUCUCUCUGAGACGGAGGCUUACUUGCAGACCGAGGUCGUGGCAGGUCUAUGGGACGGCUUUCAGGCCUGGCUGACUUCGAGCGAGAAGAAGGAUGGUCAGACGACGGCACCGGCCGGCGUCUCGUCUAAGGCCGUCUCAAAGCCUACAUCAGAGGUUGAAGAAGAAGAGGACGACGACGACGAUAUCUGGCUCGCUCAGAGCACAACUACUAAAGAAGCGACCCCCAAAGCAGCAGACUCAAACCCAACACACGACCCUCAGAGCCUCGCCACUGCGCAUCGGGCCUACCUCCGCGCCCUCUCCACCCGCCUCCUCCUCACCUUCCCCUCCUACACGGACCCGCUAUACAAUCUGCUUACGCACACCGAUCAUCUUGUCGCACUGACACAACGUCUUCACGCGGUCUGGACAUCCAUGGAUCUCGAAGCGGACGCUGGCGUCGUAGACGCGUUUGUGGACCUCGAAAUCGAGGAGAAGGAGGUCCGCGCUGCGAUCCGCGACGUGGAGAAGCAUGUCAAGGACGGCAUCCGGGAUGUCAUCGCCGCGCUGCGGGCGCUGGAAACAGACCCCGCGGCGUUCGCGGACGAGGAGGAGGGCGGCGAGGAGGGCGUGCUGAGAGAGGAGGGGGAGUACGUGCCGCGUAGGGUCGGCGGCGUGGAGAGGUUGCUGAUGAAGCUUGACUUGGCCGGGUGGUUUGGGGAAAGGAAAGACGAUUUCGGGUUCGUGUUUAGCGAGUAUUGA